CAGGGCCAAAUAUCCUGCUGGCCUGCACCACAGUCACCAAGGAAACGUGCAGGAUUUGGAUCCAGCUAUCAGUCCGUGACAGCUGCAAACAUGAUAAAUGCAGUUCUCGUUUUUAACAAUAGCGGGCAACCGCGCCUCACUAAAUUCUAUACCCAGCUGGAUACACAAACACAGCAGCGCUUAAUAGCGCAGAUCUAUAGCCUUGUUUCCCAGCGACCGCCUUCGGCUUGUAAUUUCCUGCCUCUCCCGCCACUCCUUUCACAAGGCGCGGAUACGAACCCAACGUUGGGCCAUUCCGAUGCCCCAACUCAAAUAACAUAUCGCACCUAUGCUACGCUUUCCUUCAUUCUCAUCUCUACUUCCACUGAAUCCCCGCUUGCUUUAAUCGAUUUGAUCCAGGUCUUCGUGGAGGCGUUAGAUCGCCUGUUUGAAAACGUUUGCGAACUAGACCUAAUUUUUGGGUUUGAGACGAUGCAUGCAGUGCUGGCGGAGAUGAUCGUUGGCGGAGUGGUUAUCGAAACGAACCUCGAUCGAAUUGUGCAGGGAGUUCGGAGUCAAGAGGGCUCUAAAGGAAGGAGGAAAGCGGUCGAGGCUGCGAGUUCAGGCAUCGGACGCACAGGGAUCCCGGGCCUGGGAGUCCCGUGGAGGUGAAUUUCCCAUCGACUAAAGACCAAUUUGAUCUUCAGGGAUCAAAUUGAACGCAACCUGAGUGUUACUACGCUGAACCUAGCGCAUGGUGUUUGGGAUAUAUGGGAAUGGCGUUCUGUUAAUAUCGGCUUUUGGCCAGUGCCAAUAUACAUACCUUGGAGCAUUUUUGGACGGAUGAGCGAAAUGACCUUACCAAUGCUAAAAUACUACAAUGAUACAGCUACUGAGCCUAGCUGUCAUUUACGAUCUCUCA